UGGGUCUGCGCGAAUGCUGCAGGGCCCUCGAGCCACCGCAGAGGCGGGGCGUUGGUGGAGAAUCCAAACUGCGGCUUCUGCCCUAGCCACUGCAUCCACCAGCUGGUGCGGCCGCAGGAGUGUUGCCCAUUAGCGAUGCGCUGUCACUGUCACUGUCGCUGUCAAACAUGGCCUUGCCCAGCCGGGUCUUCAGGCAGAUUGACUGGCCCGGUGCUGGCUCCUGCAUAUUGACCCAGUCCUGCAGAGCGCUGACCAGAUUUUUGGUGUGCGCGGUCACUUUGCCCUGGGCAGAGAUCUCGUACAGCGUGUGCCUGGCUAGGGCUACCACCGGGGCAAUGAUCUCCGAUGGCAUCUGCGCAAACAGCGCCUGGUCCAGAACGCUGGAGCUCGGUAGCCCCACCGGAUCUGCUGCUGGGAUUGACAGUAGCAUGCCAGUGCAUCCUUUGAUCUCGUCGGCUGCCACUACCAGCACCGUCUGGUGCUUCGCCUCCACCAUGGCCUUGACUAGCGCGUGCUGCAGAUCCACUGCAUCGGCUGGGCUGUCGCUUGUCACAAAGUACUCGCCCUCUGAUACCGUGACUUUUCCGUUGGCUUGUCGCCCGAUCUUGCCGACAAUAGCCUGUGCGUGCUGCUCCGAUACGCUGCAGGGGCCUGCCGUAUUUCUCCAGCCUUCACCUGCACUGUGGCCUUGGCUACAAUGCGCUCGCGCAGCACCGACAGCGCUGCACGGACAUUGUGCAUGACGCCUGUCACCCGCAGCUUAUCUUGGCCGAGUACGAUCCUAACAUUAAACUCCCGCUCGAGCUGCGCAAACACGUCGCCCUCCAACUC